UGUCCAAAUGUAUCGCUAGAACCGAAGUGCACAUUUUACGUUUAUUUAUACCCAGCUAGCCCUUAAAUUCUGGUUUCUGAAAAACUCGUCCCUUCAAAGCACUUUUUGCGAUCGGGCCGUGGAGCUCUGCAGGGCAAUUAUACAGAGAACAGUUGGUCCUUAUACAUGUGAAGAGUACAGGGGAAAGGAUAUGCCGAGCCAUGUGGGUUUGAAACCACGACCUUCCGCUCAUAAAGCGAAACCUGUAACCAUUAGACCACAGGAGCUCGGCCUCCUGCCAAACAGUAACGAGAGGCUCAACUUCUAACCACUUUCCCUCAACACAAAAAACUUCUCACCUUAUCAACUGAAACAUUCCUUCAGGUGCCGAUCCGCAGAAAAUCUUCCUGGAUUUUAAUUUAUUCACUCACACAACACAUUCUAUCACCUUUUGCACUUGCACUCAAACAACACACAUAAUCAUAAAAAAAAACUUCACGAACUGAGCGGCUCAAACAGGAUCGAACACGACACAGGACGUUGCUUUGUUUUGUUCUCGAACUGAUGAUCUGUCAAAAAUCCAUGCUGCCGGUUCCAGCUAGUUUUUUUUUUUGGUAAUUGUGCUGAAACACCAUUAUUUUUGGUAAAAUCUCUCCUGUCAUUUUGGUUUGGGCUGUCAGUUUUGGAAAGCAAAUCAGCAAUCAGGGUUAGCUAUUUCACCAAUCCCAGAUUGGUAAAUUUAGCUGAAAUUUUAGCUGAUUCAACCGAAAAAAAAUGAAGCUGGAGGGCGCUAAGAUGACCGAGUGGCACGAGAAUCUGGUUAGCGGGGAAUUUCUAGCGCAAGGAGCAGAUCCUGUUGUCGCACGAUAUGCAGACCAAUCGGGUGAUAUAAGAAAAGUCCGAACUGCUAGACGGACCAAGGUCGCGCACUUGCCACAUGAUGGUGUACGACUCGAAGAACUCACAGAUCUUCAUAAUCGGAACCUAGACGCGGUAUCGUGCAACGAGGAGAACAUCAACAGCGACUUUCACUUGUACAACACGGCCAGCAAAACGUGGUUCCUGAUCUGCCGGGACACGGCCCAGGUUGGCACACCACCAGAUUUUAAUCGACGUGGACAAGCAGACGAUCAACGCGUUUGGCGGUCGGAUCCUGGAACCGAAAAAUGAGAAGGAAUCCACCGUCGACUACAAGUACUCGGGCCUGUUCACAUUAGCACCAACACGGGGAACCACAUCCUGCUCGACUGUGAAUCAACAUCUGUCUUCGAGUACAGAGCAUCGGCUGGAUGACUUCCAGCUGAAAAAAAACCCUACCCGUGGCAACAUGCUGAGUAAGAGAUCGUUCAGACGGACCCGCUAGCGGCCAUCCGGCAUCUGUGAACCAAAAUAUACGCCCCACAAUGAACCGGCCCAGCACAAAAAUUUCUAUAAGCUGGCCUCGUUCUUGUUGAACUCGAACGCCACGGCGGACAUCGGAUCAGAUCUCAAUAGCCUGGCGGAGACGGCCAAUAUAAUCCAACGGAGACAACGCCAAAUGAUGCACAAAUCGCAUAAGUGACCACCGGCUCAUCCAACAUUAGCUUUCUGGGCAGCGAGUGUUCGCAGAUGGCCAGGGCCAUUCCCUCGACCUCGGCCGCCAGCGUACCUACGUCUUCAAACUGCUCGUCCUCCCGCAAAGCCAACGACCAACUGUUUGAUUUUUUCAAGCCGUUUUUGUCGCUAUCGAAUAAACUACUUAAAACACCCCAACUUCCCCUCCCCGUCAAAUUAAAUAAACUAUAUCUGUUUCCUGUUCCUUGUUCAUCUCUUUUGUAAUCUCAGCAGAACUUUAUUAUUGUGGGUUAAAAUCUUUAUCCGAGUACAAUUCUGAAAAUAUCCGCCAUCAAAGCCCUUUCUGUUGCCAUGACGGAAAAGGUGCUGAUGUUUGCAUUUGGAUUGGUCAUCGACUAUGGUCGUACAAACACUUGCGGUGCCUGGUGAAGCUGGACCUGGCGUUCCGGAGACGCUUCCGGAGGAGAAGCUCCGAUCCGACGGGUUUAGUUUAAGGGGUGUGUGCUGGUGGAAUCACGGGAGAAGAUGCAUUCAGAGGAGUUCAUCGAAAGGUUGACUUCGGUCCACCUGGAUCCGGUUGACAAUGCUACGAUUAUGGAACUACCAGUUCGGUAGCAAGAACCAGCAGUUUAGACAGAACCACCGGAUGCAUCAUCCUGCAGGAAACAUGUCAGUUGUGGUUAUCCUCGCCGGAUUGAGCAGCUAAAAUACGCCAGCAGAAAAACCUUUUCUCAGCAUCGUUUUCACCUAUCAUGUUGUAUUUUUUUACCCGCGCCCCAUAGCAACUUAGGGAUCGGCAGCCAAAGCCGCUAACCACCGCGCCACGAGGCCCUCCAAAAAUACAUACUUGCAUACAGCAA